AGCUCACAGAAGUCAGUUGCAUUCGCGACAACCGUAGCGCUGCAAUUAACAACGCCAAGCGCAACAAACUGCAUGAAACGACACUUAGACGAGAUGGCAUUCGUUGGUGUCACACUGCUGCUCCUGUGCAUCGCAACGCAUGCGCACGCCGAAUGUACGCUGCAAAUCCAGGAGAACUUGCCGGUGACAAUGAGGUCGGACGGGACCCAUCGUGUCAUGUACGCGCAGGAAGAGGGCGCGAUUAAGCUCAACGAAACGGACGAGGUGGAGGUGCACUGCCUGACCGAGAUUUACAUACAAACGAAACUGAAUGGGGGUCCGCAGAAUACUAAUGUCGAUGGCAGUAAACAAUUUAAGUGUUACAAAGGAUAUCGGCUGUAUUAUAGAAAUACGAAUUCCAGCAUCUACAAGGACACCAACGUGAAUACGGUGUAUGUACGCUGCAAGGAUCCGUGGGCGCUGACACUGUACGAGAGUGGCACGAAAUUGCCGAAAUGCAAGCAGUAUAUGAAUUAUGCGAUGGGACUGGCCGUGCCGAAUGUGAAGGAUAUCAUAUCGGCGGGUAUGUGCUAUGAUCUCGACACACUCGCGCUCAAAUAUGUUAACUACGUGGCCUACCGACCCAAAUAUAGCGAAGUCAUCAAUCUGAACAGUUCGGCCUUGAGCCAAAAUCAACUGAUUGUAGAUUUCAAAACGAAACUCGGCAAUCUCAAUACUUACUUUUCUUUUAUGAGUCAGGCGGAGUUUAACCAGCAAUUGGCUGUUGUCAAGCGUGCAGUGCCGAUAUUGGAGACCUACGACUUCGACUAUGUCAGCCUGUUGCAGGAUACGCCGCUUCAGAACGAAUUUGCCGAAUUCGCGCACAUCUUCAACACAAUGUGGUGGCGCAACCUGCGCCUCGGCAAUUGGCGUUUCUACUUGGACGCCUUGGCAGCUCGUUCCAAGCUCAUCUCAUACCGUGUGUAUAUCGGCACUUCUGGUAAGUUGAGAAUACCGGACACAUCCAGCAACAACAUAACCGCUGAGGGAGAUCAUUGUUCAGUUGAGGUCGGCAGUUUAGUUGUACAGCCGCCGGUCUAUAUUUGGUCAUAUUUGAAGUCACUGAAUGACGACGUGAACGAAGAGUUUGUUGUCAUCGCCUACAAUUCGCCUUAUUUCUACUUGAAGAGCUCAGCAAUAUUCUGUCACGAUAUUUGCGACAAGAUUGACUGGCUGAGGAAGAGCAAAUUCGGCCAUACCCGUUUGAUGCCGACCUUCGGUAUUGCAUUUUGCUGUCGCCCCGAAGAAGUGGCGCAAUCCUUCAAGCAAUUUCCAUUGGAUUAGUGACGUGUGACAAUUUAGAAAGCUAGAAGCGCCGUUGAAAAACUCCAACCAUACGAUGAAUCAUAGAAAGCAACGGUUAUCAUUUAUGAAUAAAGAAUUCAAAAAAAUUCGCUUUAUCAAAAACAUUUUUUCUACUUCUUACGAAUUCUAACAAAACGGCGCUCUUAAAGCAUGACCACACAGCAAGGCGAUAAAAUAUAUGUGUGUAUAUAUGAGUAAUUUUGAUUAUAACCCAUGCAGAAACCUUCUAUAGCAUGCGCACGCGAAGCUUUUCUUAACGCAAGUAUGCGUAUUUAUGUAACAUAUUCAGAUAACCAAAUUAUUAAAAAACACAUGUAUAUCAAAGGGU